ACCAGCCUGUGCAAUGUUAAGCUAGGUUGCGCAAACGGAGGCUUUCCUCAACUGUUAGAAGCUGGGUUAACUAACACACGAGUGUAAUUGAUUUUGUCCUUUAUAUAGAGCCUUGUGACUAGACCGACGAUUCGCGCAGACGUAGCAUUGAUAGAUCUUCGCUGCAGCAUGAAGACGAGGUGAUUUAUCAUACAGAAAUCUUGGGGCAAUGUUGUAUUACGGUAAAUAGGCCUUUUGAAACAAUUUUGCGAUGUGUUAACUGUAUUUGCGUGAUAGAUUUGGACUUUGACGUGCGUAUAUAGAUGAGAGUGCGUAAAGUCAUCACAGAAUCUUGGACUGCUAGCAUGUAAAAUCAGGAACGCAAGUGACAAAUCUACAUAUACAGAGCUCCCUUUUAUCUCUCCACAGGAAGCUACAGAACAAAGGCUGAUAGACUGAUUCUACCAAAAUGGGAUCAAAGUUUCGUCUGGCUUUGGUACAAAUGUCGGUUGUUCUUUCCAAAUCAGAGAACAUCUCGCAUGCCACGAGACUUGUAGGAGAGGCGGCCGCUAAGGGCGCCAACAUGGUGGCACUUCCGGAGCUGUUUGUAACGCCAUGUUCCCCAGGCUUGAUGAAGAAGGCUGCCGAACCGUUGAUGGGAGAGACGAUCCAAGCUCUCCGAGAGGCAGCCCGCAAAUCUCGUAUCUAUCUCAUCGGAGGGACGAUUGUUGAACAGGAAGGAGAGAAACGGUACAACACCUGUAACGUGAUUGAUCCCGAAGGAGAGCUUAUCGCUAGUUAUCGGAAGUUGCACGCGUUUGAUGUAGAUUUGCCACCAAAUCUGCGUAUCGUAGAAUCAGAAACAUUCGCCCGAGGUUACAGAUUGACUACGUUCGAUACACCGAUCUGUCGAGUGGGUUUGAGCAUCUGCUAUGAUAUACGUUUUCCGGAGAUGACUCUUCUUUAUGGACAAAAAGGAUGUAAACUGGUAUUUAUGGCGGGCGCGUUCAACAAUGUGACCGGACCUGCGCACUGGGAGGCCAUCCUUCGCACGCGAGCUGUCGAUCAACAAAUGUACAUUGCGGCUGCUUCACCAGCACGUGAUCUGAAAUCCCCCUAUGUGACGUGGGGUCACAGUAUGAUAGUCAAUCCAUGGGGAGAAAUACUGGCUCAAGCCGAAUUUGACGAAGAAAUAAUCAUGGCAGACAUAGAUAUGAAGGUUUUGGAGACAGUCCGCCGACAGAUGCCGCUAUAUGCCCACAAGAGGAAUGACGUAUAUAGAACAGACGAUAUAUCGCCUAAGCAGUGACGGUCCGGGGCUCGCCGUUAGGAGGGUUACACCCACACCCAGCUAUCAUUACAUUCUGUUGUCUAACUUUGUUCAUGUUCAUACACAACCGAUUUUUCCUCCUGGCAACGGUUGAGGCUGUAAUGCACUCAAGUACAUUUUGUACGAAAUAUGUGAACCAACACAUCUAAAGGCGUAGUGAUGUCUUGUCUUGCGGUUUUAAGGUAGAUCAUUGUACCACUCCGUGACAGGACAGCGUUUUGGACGCUGUCAUUCAUGGACUACGAAUUUGAACUUUGAUAUGGAAUUCAUGCCUAUAAUAUCAGCUGUCUGCCCGGCAUCAUUGAAAACUGAUGACCGCUUCUCUCUUGUGUGUUACCGGCUUUAUUUCCUAUUUGUAUAAUUUCUUACAUACCUUUGUCUUUGGGAGCUAGUGUUAAACGUUGUUUUGGAAAUGGAUCUUGCGAUUAUCGACUUGGAACGCCCUUCACGGACUGUGAAUGGUAUACGAAUGUCGGACAUGACGCUUAUAUUUGAAAUGUGAUUUCAUCUAAUGGAGACAAAUCGCGAACUUGUCGUCAAAAUUACAAUCGUUAAAUUUAAUGGGAAACGGUAUGAAAGCUGCCUUUGCAAUAGAGAAUCAGCCGUUCGCGAUCUUGAAACUUCGUGAUUGAAACACGCGCGAUUUUUGUCUACGUUUCCCCUAUGCAGGGUCACGAAAGCCAGGCGUUACAGACGCUGUACAAUUGAAAUUUACAGUUUCUUUGCCUAUUUCGCGCAUUUGUCAUUUGUUAGGUUACAUCUGUGGCGUAUGUGCUCUGCUCACUGUGACACCGUGCUGACGCUGCAGUGAAUCGUUCAUCGUGACUAAAACGUCCUAAUAUAUCCCUCUUUGCACUUCCUCAGGAAUAUCAUUAGACCCAUGUACAGGAAUUUUGUACUCACUGUAGAAAAAAAAAUUCGGUCCCCCAUUUUUGAGAUCUGGCGUUAGUGGCAAGUUCAAGGCGACAAAGCUGUGUAUAAUACCGCAACCUUAACACUCGAUUGUGCUUCCUCCCACGAAAGAAAAUCGAAAAAAGUUCAACAUUGUUUUAUUCUAAAGUGUUAAGUAGUAAAUAGUUCUCAGGAGGGUCCGGAAAGGUGGUUGUGCUUCCGGUUUGACGGUCUUUGCCAUGUGCCAUGUGUUUAGAAGGAUCAUCGACCUAGUUGCCGUUUGGCGCCAUCCUGGAAAUGAAAAAACCCCCUGUUAUUUUGUAUUUUCAUUGGGAUUUUCGUAUCACCUAUGUAUACAGGUUCGACACGUGUUGAGAUUCUAGAGUUUAUAGAUAAUUGCUGGACAAUACAGGCCUACAAAACUAAUCCUGCGCGACAGAAGCCGGGUUUAAGUCUAAAGCUUUCUGCUUUCCAACAUUGUUCGAAGUCAAUCACUUUUUUCACUUUCAGAGAAACAACUUCUGGACCAUGAAAAUGUGAACCCCAAACACUUUCUACGAUGAUCCAUGCCCAUAGAUAUGUAACUGCACGUUUUGCGCUUGGAGUUUUGUGAGAAAAUGUGACGGCCAUCUCGCUCUCAGUGUCCGCGGCCCGCGUAGGUUUCUGGUAACUAUUUCUUUGAUGGGCAUUUCCGUAGCUAACUCUAAUAACAGAGAUGUUGAGAGGCGGUCGUCAACACCGAAUAUACUACACCUGCCCCAUUAAGUCAAGAACUACAUGUACCACUUUAAAACAUCGUAUACAAACUGAUGGGCGAGGGACGGGAGUGUCAGUCACAGGUGUGAUACUGGCAUGGGAGGCCUUCCUGAGCUAGACAGGCAGGCAAGCUGACUCGUAGCUUUCGCAAGCGAUGCAGAUCGAGGGUUAACAGUCGUUAGAUGUCGUAAAUUACAAUAAAAUGUUAUUA